GUGAGAGGUCGCCGGAGCAACAGUAUUUACUUCAUUACGUGUUACCUCCAGUGGGUGAGCUGCUGCUGUUGCUGCUGGCCGCAUAUUUCACAGUUUUGGCCCUCCUACCCCCCAGUUUUUCAAGAUGACCCUUGUAUUAACCUCCGAGUUGGUGGAGCAGUUUCGGGAACAGGUUGAGAGUGAAUCAAGCUCUCUGUUGGCUAUGAAUGCUUGUUUUAAGACAGAUCCAUUAGAGAUGUGUGUACGUCGCAGCAAAGUGAUUUCAACAAAUCAUGUUUUUACCCACAAGGUUGAGAGUGAAGGGCGACCAGUUACCAACCAGAAAUCUUCUGGACGUUGUUGGAUCUUUGCCUGUCUUAAUGUGAUGCGACUUCCCUUUGUCAAACAUCACAACUUGGAAGAAUUUGAAUUCUCACAGUCAUAUCUCUUCUUUUGGGAUAAGAUAGAGCGCUGCAACUAUUUCCUGAACAAGAUGGUUGAGUGUGCCAAACGAGGAGAGGAGGUUGAGGGUCGACUUGUCUCAUUUCUUCUUCACGACCCAACUUGUGACGGAGGUCAAUGGGACAUGCUGGUGAACCUUAUUACUCGGUAUGGUGUGAUGCCCAAAAAGUCCUUCCCAGAAUCAUAUAGUGCAGAAAAUUCCAUUAGGAUGAACAAAAUCCUACAGAGUAAGUUAAGAGAGUACACUCGAGAGCUGCGCACAGUAAUAAACAAAAAUGGGGAUGAUGCUGCAGUUACGGAUACACUUAUACGUCAGAUGAGUGAAAUAUAUCGUAUUGUGUCUGUCUGCCUUGGAAUUCCUCCUCAAACCUUUACUUGGGAAUAUUAUGACAAGGCUAAGUCAUAUCAUAAAGUUGGCCCCUUAACUCCACUAGAAUUCUACAAUGAAUAUGUGAAAGCAGUGUAUAAUGUUGAAGACAAGGUAUGUUUAGUAACAGAUCCUAGGCCUAAUAAUGCAUAUGGGCUUGCAUACACAGUUGACUGUUUAGGAAAUAUGGUAGAAGGCCGUCGAACCAUUUAUAAUAACCAGCCUGUGGAAACCUUAAUGAAACUGGCUAGUGAUAGUAUAAAGGCUGGAGAAGCUGUGUGGUUUGGCUGUGAAGUGGGCAAGAGAUUUGCUGGCAAGCUUGGUAUUCAAGAUAUUGACAUCCAUGAUUAUAAAUCAGCUUUUGGAGUAGAGGUAAACAUAGGAUUAGGUAAAGCAGACCGUCUCAUAUAUGGUGAAACCCUCAUGACUCACGCUAUGAUCUUCACUGCAGUUACACUCAAUGAAUCUGGGACUGCAGAAAAAUGGCGAGUAGAAAAUAGCUGGGGAGAAGACCGAGGAGAGAAGGGAUAUCUUAUCAUGACUUCAGAGUGGUUCCGUGAAUUUGUAUUUGAAAUUGUGGUGGACAAGAAACAUGUACCAGAAGAAGUUUUGGCAGUGUUCACUCAGGAGCCAGUAGUGCUCCCCGCAUGGGACCCUAUGGGAGCGCUGGCCCGUGAGGCUAUUCCAAACACACGCCAUUAAUUUUAGCUUUCUAAUUAGCAAGCUAAUAUUUCUGCAUCAUAAAUUGUUUUUAGAUUUUUUUUAAGCAAUUCUCAACAUUAGUUCAGAUAAGACAUUUUACUUUUACAAAUGAAUAUGUUGGCGAGUGAGUACUAGUACAUAUGAGGUGACGGCUUGUCUUUACCUUGGUGUAAAGACUUACACUCUGGUGUCUGUGGUUGACACUUAUCCCUUACUCUCUCCAGGUAAAUAUAUGGUUCUCGUGUAGCUCUGAUGAAUGUAGAGUGUAAAGUUUUUUUACUUCACUUUUAUUUGAUGUUAAUUUGUUUUUUGUUUUUUUUAUCUAGCAUGAACUGAAGGUAUUAUUUCCUCUUAUUCUAAUACAAAUCAUUCUGGAAAACAUUUAAGAAGAUUCCUCAUUGCAGGAGAUACAAAAUUAAAAAAAGUCACUCGUCUAAAAUUAGACAAGUGACACUCGUCACUCGUCUAAUUUUUAGACGAGCGUUCAAUUAGAACACUCGUCUCGUGUUCUAAUUUAACUUUUUACAAGUUAAAAUAGCUUGGGGGACAGCUAUUUAUUUAGACAGUAAAAAAGUAUAGUACAUUAAUUACCUCAUGUCUAAUAAUCAUCUCUGACUAAUGCCUCA